GGUGCAGUAUACAGUGAUUUACAUAAUUUGUGCAAUGAUUUGUGUGAGCCGCCACGGCGGCUUAAGCCUCCGGCUCGAAUGUCGCGAAUCGGUAUAAAAGCCGGAGGAAAUUGUGAAAAUGUCAGAUUCAAGCAAGACAUCGAUCAAGCAGCAAUAUGAAGUGUGUACUGUUAAUUGUGGGCUUCGUGAUUGUAGCCAGCGCAUUAGCUGAGCCUAAUGUAGCUGUAGCCAACUCGAAAGCCAACGCACAGGCCGUUGGAAACGGACGCGCCAAUGCCAACUCCAAGGCCAAGGCUCUGGCUCAGGGCCGCCAAUCCGAGGCCAUCGCCAAUUCCCAAGCCGAGGCCCUGGCCCGUGGAGGUCGCCAUCGCCGCCCCAGGUCCGUCGCCACCGCCAACGCCAACUCCGAGGCCGUAGCCGUCGGUAACUCCGUGGCCAACUCCCAAGCCAAGGCCCAAGCCCUGGCCAAGGGACCCAAGGACGUCGCCCAAGCCAACGCCAACUCCAAGGCUCUCGCCGAGGCCAAGAAGGGAGGCAAAGCCGUGUCCAACUCCGUAGCCGACGCACUCGCCAAGGCCCAGGGUGGAUCCAAGGCCCAGUCCAACUCCAACUCCGAGGCUCUGGCCAAGGCCCAGCGUGGCGCCAAGGCCCAGUCCAACUCCAAAUCCGAUGCUCUUGCCGUAGGAUCUCAGAAGGGCAACGCAGCCGCCAACUCCAACUCGAAGGCUCAGGCCCGAGGCGAAGGUCGUCGCGACAACGCCGCAGCCAACUCCAACUCGCGCGCCGAGGCCCAGGCCAAGCGCGGCGAUGCCCAGUCCAACGCCAACUCCGAGGCUCUCGCCGCUGCCCGCGGUCGUCGCCGUGAGCGCAGACCAUCCCACGACGGUGGUGCCCAGGCCCAGGCCCAGGCUAACGCCGACGCCAUCGCCGCCGCCCGCGCCGCUCGCCGUCACGGACGCCGCCCAAGAUCGGUCGCCAGCGCCAACGCCAACUCCGAGGCCGUAGCCGUCGGCAACUCCAAGGCCAACUCCAACUCCAGAGCCGAGGCUCUCGCUCAGGGUCGUCGCGGAAACGCCGCUGCCAACGCCAACUCCAAGGCACAGGCCAUCGCCAAGCGCGGAGGACGUGCCAACGCCAACUCCAACGCCGAGGCUCUCGCCAAGUCUCGCCGCCCCAGAUCCGUAGCCGAGGCCAACGCCAACUCCGAAGCCGUAGCUAUUGGUAACUCCCAAGCCAACUCCAACUCGAAAGCCAAGGCAUUGGCUGCCGGACGCGGAAACGCCCAGGCCAACGGAAACUCCAAAGCUCUCGCCCAGGCCAAACGCGGCGGACAAGCCGUAGCCAACUCGAACGCCGACGCCCUCGCCGAGGCACGCGGACAACGCCGCCACGGACGCAGACCCAGAUCGGCCGUCGCCAACGCCAACAGCGAAGCCGUAGCCGUCGCCGCGGGAAAGGGUAGCCAAGCCCAGGCCAACUCCAACUCCAAAGCCCAAGCUCUGGGUAACAACUCCCAGGCCAACGCCAACUCCAAGGCCAAGGCCCUGGCCAAGCGCGGAGGACGCGCGCGCUCCAACUCCAACGCCGAGGCUCUCGCCCAGGCUCAGGGUGGACGUCGCCACGGUGGACGCCGCCCCAGAUCCGUGGCCGAGGCCAACGCCAACUCCGAGGCCAUCGCCGUCGGUAACGCCGUCGCCAACUCCAACUCCAGAGCCAAGGCUCUCGCCGGACGUCGCGGUAACGCCCGCGCCAACUCCAACAGCCGCGCCCAGGCCAUCGGCAAACGCGGAGGACGCGCACGCGCCAACUCCAACUCCGACGCUUUGGCCAAGGCUCAGUAAACAACAUCAAUCGAUUCAAUCAAUUUAGCCUUC